CACUUAUAGUUCUCACUUUCAUGCUCACCACCUCGACAACCUUCCGCGCUCUGCGCUCUAUACAGCGCCUUCGAGGGGCACGUCUUGCGUCACACGAGACUCCUCAAUUUAACGAACCUUCGGGUUGGCUGUUCGGGGAAAAGGCCCCUCCGCCAGGCCAAAAGCGAGUUAAAGAGGACUGGGAAAAUGUCUGGUACUUUGGAAUGUUUGGUUCAAUGUUGUUCGCCACGGUCUUGAUAUACUAUAAACCGGACUCGAGCAUACAAACGUGGGCUCUCAAAGAAGCCAAGGAGAGGAUGGAAGUCCGUGGCGAAAAAUACCGAUAUGAACCGUCGUCAUAAAGAUACAUUCUGUGCCAUGAUUACUCCAAUGCUAUCUUAAAUACCAAAUUUAUCGAAAAUCUUUGAAGAUUC